AUGAGUCAUGAAGAGAUAGAUUCAGAUGGUAGUGAGAUAGUUGGAACAUCAGAUAACAUACCAAUUGUGGCUGAAGAAGAACAGGUUUCUUCUUCAGUGGUGGUAGAGCAAACUAAUGGAGAACAUCUGGUGGAGGAUGCCAAAGCGGACGUUGACGAGUUCAAUGGAGAAGAAACCAACGGAGUGAUACACGAUGAGGUAAAGGAAGAGGAAGAUGACGACGACGAUGACGAUUUUGGAUCGUUUGAUGAUGCAUCAUUCGAUGAACCUCAACAAGUUGAAUCAUUUGAAUCAAAUACUACAAUGGUGUCUGAACCAGUACAUACCAAAUCCAUAUUAUCCACCACCUUUCCAGAAAGUACUUUUCAAGAUGAAUCAUUAUUCUUAUCUAAACUUGAUACUGUAUUAGAUACCGUAUUCUCAGAUGAUUCUACUAAAUUCCAACAUGAUCAAAAAGACAUUAAUAAAGAGUCCAAAUUAUUAUCAGAUCGAUCAGAAAUCAUAUUUAAUCAAUUAUCAACUAUGCCCCAUUUACGACCAUCCAAUUGGAUACGACUGAACAUUCGUCAUAAUUUACUUAUCAAACUUGGUAUACCGAUAAAUUUAGAUGAAAUAUCAAACGCACCUCCUCGUAUAAAUGAUAGUACAAACACCAUUCAUAGUGGAUUAAGUAAAGAAGGCAGUAGUAAUAUGAUUGAUAGUUCUAAUAUUGGAGUCAAUCCUACACAUAAUCGUCGUAAAUCUAUCAGUGCUAAGGAUAUACAUUGGGAUCAAUUUAAUAUUCCUCAAUUUUCAAGUUUGAAUAUAACGAAUGAAGAAAAGCAACAAAGAUUACAACAGACUAAUGAGAUUUUAUCCCGUAUUGAAACUGAUAAUUUAGAUCAUUCAUCUCGACAAUUCUUGGAGUCGCAAGGAGGGGGAGGCGAUAAUAAACAGAGUAGUCCCGAUGGUAGUAUGACUACUAAUGAAGAAGAUGGUGAUCAAUUCAUUCAAACGAAAUUACAACAAUUACGAUCCAAUUAUCAACAAUUACAAGAAUUAGCCAGUUGUUGGAUUGAAAAUAGUAAUGAAUUACAUAAAGAUUUUGAAAUUUAUGAAAAUGUAGUUCAGAAUUUAAUUGGAUAUAGUCAAAAAUUAAGACGUGAUGAAAUAUUUGAAAAUUUAAAAAAGGUAAAACUGAAAAAGAAAACUACUUCAAAGAGAAAACUUUGGAAAUGA